GUGGAAGAGGAGACACGAGGGUUAGGUGUCCUAGUGCUUUUUGCAGGUCUCCACACCAUCUCUGAAGCCAAAUAUCCCCAAAACAGAUUAGAAGGUACUUCAGUUAGAUUCAGUCCAUUUUUGUGGUCAGGACAUUGCUACCAGCUACCCAGCCAGAUGUUAAUGGCUGCUUGGGAAUCUGCUUGAAUAAGGCUAAGAAAGGCUUGCAGCUUUUCACAAGGCUAGACAUCUCAGAGAAGUUACACCAAAGUUAUGGAACAAUAAAAGAAUGCAUCAUAAAGGAAAGCCUUUAAUUAGAAAUGUGUAUACUGUAUAAGUAAUUCUGUCAACUCAUAUGGCUCGUUUGACCUUUCCCACCUCUACCUUUGACCUCUGAGGCAUCGUCAUGUAUUCUAAUAAGGUAAAUAAUGAACCGCGAAGAUGCGGGGGGGCUUCCAGUAAUUACGUUUUAAUCACGCACCAGUCCUUGAUUUGGUAUUGCUCCGAUUUCAUUUUCUGUAGGUACUUGCUCAAAAUGGCAAUUUGCAAUAGAUGUUUUGCUAGUCGUUCACAGAAUAAACAAAAAAUAAAAAGCUGUUUUACGAAAACACAUACUCGUCACAUGAAUUGCAAACGAAAGGAAAAAAUGAUUUAGCUGUUUGUAAUUGCGAAACAAAAUGAGUGCUAAACGAGGUGUGGCACAUGCUAGAAGGACGUGGAGUGCAUUCGUUGCACAAUGCUAAAGAUGGAUGCUGUAAAAUGAUUUUGGUUUACGCUGGUAUUUGCUAGAGUUAUGUUUAGCAGCACAAAAAUAAAACGAAAUAAAUAAAUAAAAAAUUGGGGGCGGGUGAAGCAGAAUCAUGCAAUGACAUCAUCACUUUUCUUCAAGCCAAACACUGAGGAGCAGGAGAAGGAGAAGGAGCUGAGAAAUGAGCCCAGCGCGCUCUCCAUUUCAGGCCGAGCCGUGUCGAGGACCUCCGACAAAAUGAGCUUGCAGGCCGUGGGCGGAACGGCUAGUUGGGAGGACUGGACUGGACCAUACUCGACUGGAGUGGACUGGACUGGACUGCACUGGAGACCCUCCCGAGUUUUGUUUUUGACAGCAUCUGGCCCACGUCGUAGAGCUCGCUUCUGUCGUCGGGGGAGCGAGGCGCCUGACGGCUGUGUGAAUCCUCCCCACAGCUCAAAAGGAGAGGGAAAUCCACAGAUGAGAAGGAUGUCGGACGAGGCGGAGCGGAGAGCGUGCGACGAGGAUUUCUGCUCGGACGAGGAGGCGGACGUGGAGGACAACGGCGGCGAGCUGGCGGACCGGCUGAAGGAGUUGGAGGCAGAAAAUUCAGCGCUGAUGCUUGCGAAUGAGAGUCAGAGAGAAGCGUACGAGAGAUGUCUGGAUGAGGUGGCCAACCACGUGGUCCAAGCUCUGCUCAAUCAGAAGGAUCUGAGGGAAGAAUGCAUCAAGUUGAAAAUGUUGGUCUUCGACCUGGAGAAACAGAACCGAGCACUUUGUGAGCUUUUUCAGCAGAAGUUGCCCAAUUAUCCCACUGCGCACUACCAGGUCCAGGCGGGCCCCCUCCAAGACUGCAAUGCACAGCUGCACGGUGACUCUGCCAAGCAUUUGGAGGCUGCUCAGACCGAAGCACAAACCAAGGGGAACGGUUACCACACUCAACACACCACGCCGAGCCCUCGGGGCCCCGCCGCCUCCAUGGAGGCUCUUUCGCCCUUCUUUAAGAAGAAAGCACACAUCCUGGAAGUUCUGCGCAAGAUGGAGGAGACGGACCCUCUCAAGUUCCACCCAGCCACUGCGAGCCUGUCUUUCUGCGACUACAGCCAGGUGCUCAUGUCCACAGAAGCCGUUUUGGCCUCGGCGGACCAGCUGCAGCGCAAAUCCCUGCACACGCGCUGCAAUUGCUCCCAGUCAGAUGCCGACACACUCCAACACGUCAAUGGCGACGGAGCGCUGAUGUGUGAGGGGGGGGACACCUGCUGUUUACACUGCAAGAAAAACCCAGACUGGCCUCUGAAGUCAUCCGCCUCCCAGAACCGUACUACGCCUGCAGCUGCCACCAACGAAUGUCACGCGAAGAGCCGAGCAACAGAAUGUGUCCCGUUAGCUAAACAAUGCGCCGAGAAUGACUCUCACCCGAAACCGGCGAACGGUGCUGCCGAUCUAAGCCCAGAGAUAGUGGAGGACAGCGAAGAACUCACCGGUUUCUGCCCAGUCACUCAGCUACCCAGUUCAGAAGGUGUCCACAUCCCCCACUGUGACCCCGAAGCCGGCAAUGGCGUUCCCACCGGGCCUUCCCUUGACAAAACGUCCAAUGACAACUCCUCCGUCCCAGAGAAGGAGGGCAGGGAUCUGGAGCCUUCCGCUGUCCGAGCUGGCGCAUCAGUGAGCCCGAGCCCCUCCUGUCUCAGUGACGUCAAAGCCGCCGCCGUCAACUCGCCAUCCAAACUGCUCAAGUUCCUGAAGAUCCCCUCCAUAGGAGACAGGUGCCAGGCCUCGAAUCCCGUCGUCCGCUUAAGCCCCCAACUUACCCGUAGCUCCAGGAUCCCUUGUCGCACCAACAACUACGAGGUGUACCACUCUCCUGUUCCCUCCCGUCGAGCCACCACCACAGAGCGGUGUAGGCAGCCGCCGCCGCCACCCACCAGGUCUGAAUCUUACCCUGCAACCCACUCUGCACCGACCUCUCCCCCACAACCUGAAGACGCCUGCCUCCCACCUGCUAAAGACACGAGUUUCAACAGCUUAUCUGCAUCCAAAAUUAAGAUGGUUGCUCCCUCGUCCAUGUCCUCCUCGUCCUCCCCCAAAGCAGCCCAGAUUAUACCGCAUUAUGAAAACAUAUGUGACUUGUCCUGUAACCCACAAGUAGAAGAGCCCCAUCAAGCUCUGGAGAAAAGAACCACUCUUCCAUCGCAAACGAAAACCAACGGUGCUGAAAGGAAACAGGUUAAAUCACUUCCCGAAAGUGUCCUCGGUGGCUCUCCCCAGCAAAAUCAGUCAUCAUCCUCAACGUCUGAGUCCACAUCAGAGGAUGAAGAAGAUUCUGACAGUCCCGUGUGGGUGAACCAUCACAUCCUGCCCAACUCAUCGGCCCUCACCGACGCUCAUUGUAGAGCCGACUUCUCGCAAAUUCCAGAGGAGGCUAGCACACAGAGCUGCGAGGCAACCCAGCCACCGCAGGCUCCAGCCAGAAGAAACGACUCGUCUUCCAUCCCUAAGAGGCCUACAGUGGGUCCGGCAAGACCUCAAGCUGAUUCCAGUCACCACGCAUUCAAAGACAGGCUGGCUGCGCUGGGCAAGCUGAGAAGCUCGGAGGAUUUACAGGCAGGCUUAAGGUCACUAGGCGUGGGGAACGAGGUGCCCGAGGACAGGAGUAAGACGGAGCAAAGACAUUCAAAGUGCACCGACUCUUUAGAUGGGAAACCUCGGGGCAGCAGUGGGGGCCUGAAGUACACGGGCUCCUCUCAGCUUGAUGAACAAGGGGGAAAAUCCACAAAUUUGAUUGUGGUCAAACAGGAGCUCUGUGUGAGCUCUCAGAGCAAGAUCGGCCUACCUUCACCUAAUGCCGACGCUCCUCAGGUACCGCGUAACAACAUUAAGUGUCCUGGCUCGCUCAAUCUGUCUUACAAUGUGAAACCAGGUUCUCAAAGUAGCAACAGUCCUAACAAAGUUCCGCCAAAGUCUCCGUCCAAACCUUGCCAGGUUACCUCCGUCGUCCACAGAGGAGGAAAACCCAUGGAUACCCCGCGGUACUCCUCCAAGUCAGAGGAGAGAACCAAAAUUAGCGGCAAAGGUAAAAAGAAUCCGAUGUACGGAGACAGUCUCCCGCCGCCUCCUCUCAGGCCUCCGACAUCUGAAGGGGAAAAAGCGCCACCACCUGUGCCCAGCCCGCAGUCGGCCAUCGAGCAGAAAGUGAUGAAGGGCAUCCAGGAGAACAUGCUCAAACUUCAAGAACAGGACCGAGGGGUGCUGAUCGGUGAGGCCAAGCAGAAGGCGUCCAACGGGAUAGCGAGCUGGUUCGGACGCAAGAAAAGCAAGCUGCCCGCCCUCAGCCGCAAGGCGGAUGCCGCCAAAGCCAAAGACGAGAAACGGGAAUGGAAGAUUAACAUCCCAUCGGUGGGAAAAGACUCAGUAAAGAUUACCAGCAGGUGUCGAGAAGGAGUGGAAGGUUUGAACAUCUCCACGCUGAUGGAGAAGGCGGAGGGACUGCGGAGGGCGCUGGAAGAAGAGAGGGCGUACGUGGAGAGGUCGGGCCGGGGUCAUUCAUGCGAGGUGGUGAUGGACCAGGCUCAGGGACAGCUGGCCGUCAUGUAUCGGGGCGGGCGCUCCGACAACUUCAUGCAGCAGUUGCUGAACAGAGUGGACGGCAAGGAAGCCUCGGGCGUGCCACAGCGGAGGCUCUCGUUCGACUGCAAGACUUCCAAGCCUGUGUUCGCUCAGCAAAGCGACAUGGUCAUCGGUCAUACUGGCGGCGGUGACAACGUGGAAAAGGCGUCCCAUCGACUCGGCAAGAUCACGUCAGAUGAGAACCUCGUGGAUUCAGUUCACUCGCAACACUUUGCAGGUUCCGGUGCUUCCACGUACACGUUGGACAGCGGAAUCGGCACGUUCCCGCUGCCCGAAUGCGGCGGCGGCGGAGGGGUGCCGGCUCGGGGCUUGUCCAAGACCACAGCUGAGCGGCGCCCCUCAGGGUCGCCGGGGAGGUCUGGGCGACGGGCCCGCACCUUGGACCGGGAGCCCGCGCCGCAGGAGGAGUGCUACGUGGCGGCAGCGGCGCACAAGCGGGCUCUUCCUGACGCAGCGCAGCACGGCGCCAAGACGGAAGGAAGGGCGGCCGGCAUCAUGCGGGAAGACAAAGAGGCCCGCGGAGCCCACGUUUUCUCGCCCCGCUCCAAGACGUGGACUUUCGCCAACCUCAAGACUCCAGCGGGACCCACAGAUGUGUACCUGGCCGUGGAGGAGGAAGAGGAGCAGGUGGUGUCCUUCGGCACGCCCUUCAGACCGAGCUUGAAAGCCAGCGGUCCGUCUUCCAGCCGUGCGGCGGACCCCAAUGCCUCGCCCGGUGCGGCCCAGUCGGGAAUGAGCCGGCGGGGGAAAUCCCGCACCCCCGGCGUCUCGGAAAUGAGCAGGGAGGCCGGGCUGGAGCUACUCAGGGAACGGCCAGAGGAAGCACCGUCGCCAGGGCGGCCACUGGUUCCUGAGACGCCGGAGUCGUUGAGCGACUCGCUCUACGACAGCCUGUCGUCGUGCGGCAGCCAAGGAUGAUCCCAGUCGUCAUCGUGAUCUCCAAAAAAAAAAAAAACACCAAGCCCCAAGCGGGCGAGGACAACGCCCACCAUAUACGACGAGACUUCUCCUCAGGAUCUCUGCAGCGCAAAAUGACAGCUUGGGAGUGUACAGGACCGCAAACACGUGGGCCAGGUGACCAAUAGCACAAAUGGCAUCCAGCUAGAGAGUUUCUCUCAUUAUUCUGGUUCUUUAUGUGCAGCAAGGUUGUUCAUCUUUUCACAUAAUAGACUUGGGCCGGUGCAUCUAAAGUUAAAAAAAAAAAAAAAAAAAAAAAACAAGAAUGUUCAUCUGAUUUUGUUUUUUACCCCCCCAACCAUGUUAAAAGCGGUCACAUCUUCAAUGUAAAAAUGACUUUAUUGAUCAUGUUGAUUAUAAGUUCGCAACCUCAGAAUUUUGUCAGAAAAUAUCUGAAGCCAUAAUAUAGUUAAAGAUAAAAUAUACCAGCAAUAAUAACAUCAAGAGAAACGGCUACGCCAUUGAAUUAUUUCUAUUUAUUUGAAAUGUACGUCAUUCCCAUCUUUUUGUAAUCUUUCUGUGAAAAUGCACCUAGCUUGAGUUCCUUUUUUCAAAUUUCAACCCAUUGCUGUUCAGCCAGUAGAUGAUAGCUCUCCUGUACGUACUGCCCUUUUUCAACUUUCUAUUAAAAGCUUUUCAUCCCGUUCGUGUGUGCAGUUUUUAGCUU